AUGCAUGGCCAUGCUAUCUCCACAAGGGCCAAGAAUCCCACGAGAGUUGAUCUCUCGACGUCGAUUCUCAACUCGAGGGUCCCGGAGCAUGCUCUUGCUGUGAGCAAUCUCAAAGCCGUAAAGAAGGAGAUCGAUGCACCAACCACUCCAUGCAGUCAAUCAGACGCAAGUGCAAGCUCCACCUCAAGCACCUCUUCCUGCGGUCAAUCCGACCCUUGUGCCACCGGCGUCACUACAGAAACAGAAACCCACCUCGCAACCAUGACAAUCCAGACCACAGAAAUGCAGACUGCAUACAUCACCGACCACAAAACAACCACCCAACACACUUUGCAAAUGGUCAUCAAGACAGUCAAAGAAGCAGGAACCACCACAGUGACUUCGACAGAAGUGGGUUGUAGCACAGUGAUAACGACAACAACGAGUAUGUCGCUCACGACGACGAUAAACUGGCAUACUGCGCCCAAACCUUCUUCUGAGCCUCCACUUCCACCUCCACCUCCAUCAUCGGAUUGUGGAAGUGCUAGUUGUACCGUCACAACCACCAAAGUCACCGAUAUCGAUAUGCCCACCACCGCCGUCAAAUACGCCAAAAUCUCCGGUCAGGAUAUUGUCCAAGCGGUCCCCGAGCGAGAGAUGAACAAGAUCUUCGAAAAAGACCACAAGAAAGGAAUCGCAGGACGAGAUCUCCAAGCAAGUGCUGCAGUCACAUCCUCUGCCAAACUCAUUGCUCGUCAAAGUCAAGGUCCUGAUGGCGAGUACUCGCCAAUUACCAAGAUCACCAAAGGCCAGACUUUGCAGGUGAUCGCUGGGGAGCUCCGUGGCAUGUCACGUUUAUUACCAUUGGUGAGAGGGCUAUUAAGACUACUUUGGCAACCAAGACUGUAG